GUGUGGGUGGGGGACGCGUCUCAGCGGGACGCCUGCUCUGCCCCGCCGCUUCCGAAUCGCCCCUUUCUCACCUAACGAGCGCACUCACGAGGCCGCUGAUGAGGCUGGAGACAAAGGGCUGUUUAAUAGAGAGGGGUGGAGGUGUGUGUGUGUGUCUGUGUGUGGUGGGGGUCUUGCUGGUGUAAAAGCAGCCUAACACAUCCCGCAUGGUCCGGCUACCGACGAGCGCGGCUACAGGGGAAUAAACGCGGUGGAUUUUUACGCGCAAGACUUUUACGCACGGGGCUCCGCGGGGAGGCGAGCGGCUGUAAUUCAACCCUCUCGGUGAUAUUCACGGUUUAAAUAACGCAGAUCCUUCCGCGCCGGUUCCCCUGCAGACGCACGGCCGGUGCGUGUGGCCCGAGGCCCGGUGUCCUCCUCCACACACGGCGGAGAGAAAAAUGGAGUGUGUGCCUUUAAGGCGCCCGACUGCCUGUCGCUUUGUGCUGCGGAGAGACUGACGCCCUGUGGACGCAGUGGACAGUGGAGCGGCGGCGGCAGCACACACACACACACACACACACACCAUCCUGGAGGAGUUCAAAGAGGGAACUACCGCACAGCCCCCUCGGAUAAAAGGACAAGUCGUGAACUUGUUAACAGCCGCUUGUGGUGUUUCCAGUGUCGUGCUGGUGAGCCUUCAGGAUGAGGCCCGGUCAGCUGAUCCUCCCCACCGCCGCCGCCACAGCUCUCCUCUUCCUCCUCGCGGGACUGUCUGUGAGCUCGGGCUGCAACAAAGCCCUCUGUGCCAGCGACGUCAGCAAGUGCCUCAUACAGGAGCUGUGCCAGUGUCGUCCGACCGACGGGAACUGCUCCUGCUGUAAGGAGUGCAUGCUGUGUCUGGGGAACCUUUGGGAAGAGUGCUGCGACUGCGUGGGGAUGUGUAACCCCAAGAACUACAGCGACUCUCCGGCCACGUCAAAGAGCACAGUGGAGGAGCUGCACCGCCCGAUCCCCUCGCUGUUCCGCGCCCUCACGGAAGGCGACGCGCCGGUCAACAUGAUGGUCGUGUCCUUCCCCGUCGCCGAGGAGCUGUCCCACCACGAGAACCUGGUGUCCUUCCUGGAGUCGCUCGACAACCAGCCCCAGAACGUGUCCGUGCCCGGCAACAGCAUCCACGCCAGCUACGACACUCAAGAGAACAUGUGCACCGUGGUCUACUUCGACGACUGCGUGUCUAUCCGCCAGUGUAAAGUUUACUGUGAGUCAAUGGGAGGAUCCAAGUACCGCUGGUUUCACAACGCCUGCUGCCAGUGCAUCGGGCCCGAGUGCGUGGACUACGGCAGCAAGGCGGUGAAGUGCAUGAACUGUCUCUUCUGAAGUGCGGGGCGCAUAUUGGUACCAAAUGUCUGGGUGAUGCCAGAGGACUGAGGGCAGAGGGAACUACGACUAUUGUGUGUUAGCAUUCCUCAGUUAUCUUGUAAAAUACCCCCUACACCCCCUCCUCCUACCCCCUGCAAAUUGUUUUUAUUCUGCUGUUAUAUUUCACUGUAUAUUUUUAGAUACGUUUUCAAUAGUGUUUUUUACUAGAGGUGUAUAUGAAUAAUGUAUUUUUACAAUCACGGUCCGCUAAAUCCCUGUCUCAUGCCAAAUAAAGAAAAGUUUGGUGACGUGGA